GCUGUGGCAACUGCGGCCAGACAGAACACAGGCAAGAGGGAGUGAGAGGGAGAGUGGAAGUUACCCAUCUCAGGUCAAGAAUUCAAUUAUCAGAGUCAAAACACAUGAGGAUAUUGGAAGACAAAAACGCAGUGAAUUUGGGGAAAUAGAAAUACUUAGGACGCAAUGAUGACCCAAAUAGAGACGACGGUGCAUUAUGACAACGGAUUCGGAGAUGAGGAGGACUACAUGAUACAGGAGGAUGAGUGGGACAGGGACAUGUUGCUGGACCCUGCCUGGGAAAAACAGCAAAGAAAGACCUUCACAGCUUGGUGUAAUUCCCACCUGCGGAAAGCAGAAACACAGAUUGAGAACAUUGAGGACGACUUCAGGAAUGGCCUCAAACUCAUGCUUCUCUUGGAAAUUAUUUCAGGUGAGAGGUUACCUAAGCCUGACAGAGGGAAGAUGCGUUUUCACAAGAUUGCCAAUGUCAACAAAGCCCUAGACUUCAUCACCAGCAAGGGAGUGAAACUCGUCUCUAUUGGAGCUGAAGAAAUUGUGGAUGGUAACGUUAAGAUGACUCUGGGAAUGAUAUGGACCAUCAUCCUCCGCUUUGCCAUCCAGGACAUCUCUGUAGAAGAAACCUCUGCAAAGGAAGGCCUUCUCUUGUGGUGCCAGAGAAAGACUGCCCCCUACAGAAAUGUCAAUGUCCAGAACUUCCACAUUAGCUGGAAGGACGGACUGGCCUUCUGCGCCCUGAUUCACAGACACAGACCUGACCUUAUCGACUAUGCUAAGCUCAACAAGGAUGAUCCUAUGGGGAACCUGAACCUGGCCUUUGAAAUAGCAGAGAAGCACCUGGAUAUUCCUAAGAUGCUGGACGCAGAAGACAUCAUCAACACUCCUAAGCCCGAUGAGAGAGCUAUCAUGACCUAUGUUUCCUGCUUCUAUCAUGCUUUUGCUGGAGCUGAGCAGGCUGAGACAGCAGCCAACAGGAUUUGUAAAGUUCUGGAUGUGAACCAGGAGAAUGAGAAACUUAUGGAGGAAUACGAGAGGCUGGCCAGCGAGCUACUGGAGUGGAUCCGCCGGACCACCCCAUGGCUAGAGAACAGGGCCGCAGAGAAGACCAUGGUUGAGAUGCAGAGGAAGCUGGAGGAUUUCAGGGACUACCGCCGCAUGCACAAGCCCCCCAAGGUGCAGGAGAAGUGUCAGCUGGAGAUCAGCUUCAAUACCUUGCAGACCAAGCUGCGCAUAAGCAACCGGCCUGCUUUUAUGCCUUCUGAAGGAAAGAUGGUAUCUGACAUAGCCAGUGCAUGGCAGGGGCUGGAGGGGGCUGAGAAAGGUUAUGAGGAGUGGCUUCUGACCGAGAUCCGCAGGCUGGAGAGACUGGACCACCUGGCUGAAAAGUUUUGCCAGAAAGCCACCACCCAUGAGACCUGGGCUAGUGGUAAAGAGCUGAUUCUAUCUCAGAAGGACUACGAGACUGCCACCCUGACGGAGGUGCGGGCGUUGCUAAGGAAACAUGAGGCAUUUGAGAGUGACCUGGCUGCUCACCAGGACAGGGUGGAGCAGAUCGCUGCCAUCGCACAGGAGCUCAAUGAGCUGGACUAUCAUGGUGUGGCUUCUGUCAACAAGAGGUGUCAGAGCAUCUGUGAUCUGUGGGAUCAACUUGGUACAUUGACCCAGAAGAGGAGAGAGGCUUUGGAGAGGACAGAGAAGCUGCUGGAAACCAUUGAUCAGUUGUUCCUGGAGUUUGCCAAGAGAUCAGCACCUUUCAACAACUGGAUGGAAGGGGCUAUGGAGGAUCUGCAGGAUAUGUUUAUUGUACACACGAUCGAUGAGGUCCAAAGCCUGAUCUCUGCCCAUGAGCAGUUCAAGGCCACCCUCCCAGAGGCAGACGGAGAGAGACAGGCUAUCCUGGGGAUCCACAACGAGGUGCAGAAGAUCUCCCAGAGCUACGGCAUCAAGGCCAACCUCCUCAACCUCUACAGCACCAUCACCACAGAGGAGCUCCUCGCCAAGUGGGACAAGGUGAAGAAGCUCGUUCCCCAGAGAGAAGGCUCCCUCCAGGAGGAGCUAGCCCGGCAGCAUACUAAUGAAAGGUUGAGACGGCUGUUUGCUACCCAGGCUAACCUCAUAGGACCCUGGAUACAGACAAGGAUGGAGGAGAUUGGGCACUGCUCCCUGGGGGUGGGCGGUACAUUGGAGGACCAGAUGACCCAGCUGAAGCAGUUUGAGCACAUCAUCGUUACCUACAAGCCCAACAUCGACAAGCUGGAGGGAGACCACCAGCACAUCCAGGAGUCCCUGGUGUUUGACAACAAGCAUACCAACUACACCAUGGAGCACAUCCGUGUGGGCUGGGAGCUCCUCCUCACCACCAUCGCCCGCACUAUCAACGAGAUCGAGACCCAGAUCCUGACCCGCGAUGCCAAGGGCAUCAGCCAGGAACAGAUGCACGAGUUCCGCUCCUCCUUCAACCAUUUUGACCGGGUACAGAGAACACAAGAAAACUGUGAAGAGAUCAAGACCUGUCUGAUCAGCCUUGGUCAUGUGGGCAAUGAACAUCAGAAGAAACACGGGGCGAUGGACACUGAUGACUUUAGGGCCUGUCUGAUCUCCAUGGGUUAUGAUUUGGGUGAAGUGGAAUUUGCCCGUAUCAUGAUGCUGGUUGACCCCAGUGCCACUGGCAUGGUCUCUUUUCAAUCAUUUAUCGAUUUUAUGACCAGAGAAACCGCUGACACAGACACCGCCGAGCAGGUUGUGGCAUCCUUCAGGAUCCUGGCAGCCGAUAAGCCCUACAUCCUGGUUGAGGAGCUGAGGAGAGAGCUCCCCCCUGACCAGGCAGAGUACUGCAUCUUGAGGAUGCCCCGCUACAGUGGCCCAGGGGGAUCCGCAGGGGCGCUAGACUACACCGCCUUCUCCACUGCCCUCUAUGGAGAGAGUGACCUCUAACCCUGCAAGAUGAUGCCCAAAAGUGACCUCUUGACCCCACCCAAUACGUCUGGAUGAAAUUCCCUUUAACCAAACACACAAAUGAGAGGCGGUUACCUAUGUUAGAGUCACAAUAGGUAGAUACAGUACAUUUAGCUACUUAUUGUAACACAAUAGUUUCCCUCAUAUGAGUUCUGCGGUGAAGUGAAGACAGAAUAACAGUUUUUCUUAUCUGCUUUAAGGAGUAACAUGAUCAUAUAAGCUACAAUAGUUCGAUAUAAUAUGUUUAUUGACCACAGUAAUAGCGGCAGUUGGAUAUGUAGCUAUAACAGAAAAAUAGCAGGCUAAUAGUCAGCAUUUUCUCCUCAUCUUCUUUCAGUGCCUUAUUAGGAACUACAGUAUGAGUUCUAACUGGGAAUAAGACAAAAACAUUGAAGUUAGAUGUUGAACUGAUGCUGGUUUCCAGUGGGAUGUUGUUUAUGUAACCAAAAUGUACUUGUGGUAAAAUCAUAGCUCAUGUUUCCUGCUCCUAAAAUAAUAGGUUGAACAGUUAACAAACAAUGUACAGUAUAUUUCUCACACCCAAAGCUAAGAGAAAUAAUUGUUACAUUUUCUUAUUUGAGAGCAUAAGGAGCUUGGAACAACGUUGCCUCUUUGAUGAUAUUGCUUAUUUCCUUAAAUCCUAUGAGAUUCCUACAUACUUUGAAUCAAACCUCAAAGAGGGUUAAGCCUGUCUCUCAGCCUGCCCCCUGUUAAGCAGUUGGAAUUUCCCAUUUGAAGACAGGGAGGGAGAAGAGAAUCCAUGUACUAUUCAAUCCAAAGCAACAAAAAUAAACAUUUGACCGUUUGAGAGACUGUUGACAGUAAACUUUGUAGUUUCAAGUGAUUUGAUUAUUCAAUAAACCCUCUUCCUGAUCAUCACUGAUGUUUAUUUUUCUUUACAUAAUAAAAGAGUGCAGUUAAAUACAA